AUGCGGGCCUCCCCUCGACCCACGCAGUGCCCUGUCAGUAACGGUCAGAACUUCUCUCUCUUCCACCCCGCCCGGCUUUGUAAAGGGCCACGAGCAGACGAGAUGAACGACCACCAGAACACGCUGUCCUACGUCCUCAUCAACCCUCCCCCCGACACCAUGCUGGAGCUCAACGACAUAGUGUACAUCAUCCGCUCCGACCCGCUGGCCCACGUCCCGGAGGACCCCCAGGCCGCUCCGGCCCGCGGCGCCCGGAACCAGCAGGACUUCGGCGUCCCGACGAGGGACGAGACUCACCUCUGA